CUGCUCUUGGCUAUAAAACUCACGCAAUCUUACCCAAGCGUUCUCAGUUUUAGUUCAGACCGCUUGCGGACCGGUCACGUUCGAUCCGUUGGGAAAUAACGACGGAGACACAUCGCAGAUACUCGCAACGCGAGAAAGUUGAUCACAAAAUGAGACUGUUACUGGUAGCCCUGCUGGCUACUUUUGCGCUGUCGCAAGCUUUGGUUAAGGAGGAGAUUCAGGCCAAGGAGUACUUGGAGAAUCUGAACAAGGAGCUGGCCAAGAGGACCAAUGUCGAAAUCGAGGCUGGCUGGGCUUAUGGCUCAAACAUCACCGAUGAGAACGAGAAGAAAAAGAACGAGAUCUCCGCGGAGUUGGCCAAGUUCAUGAAGGAGGUGGCCAGUGACACCGCAAAGUUCCAGUGGCGCAGCUUCCAGUCGGAGGAUAUCAAGCGUCAGUUCAAAUUUCUGACCAAACUGGGAUAUGCCGCUCUCCCAGAAGCCGAUUACGCGGAGUUUCUGGAGACAGUCUCUGCCAUGGAAUCGAAUUUCGCCAAGGUGAAGGUCUGCGACUACAAGGAUAGCACCAAGUGCGAUUUGGCCCUAGAACCGGAGAUCGAGGAGGUCAUCAGCAAGAGUCGCGACCAUGAGGAGCUCGCCUACUACUGGCGCGAAUUCUACGACAAGGCCGGAACCGCCGUGCGAUCCCAAUUCGAGCGGUACGUGGAGCUCAACACCAAGGCGGCCAAACUGAAUAAUUUCACCUCUGGCGCCGAAGCUUGGCUGGAUGAGUACGAGGAUGCGACCUUCGAGCAGCAAUUGGAGGACAUUUUCGCCGAGAUCCGUCCUCUUUAUCAGCAGAUCCACGGCUAUGUGCGAUACCGUCUUCGCAAGUAUUAUGGAGAUUCCGUGGUUUCCGAAACUGGACCCAUUCCCAUGCACCUUUUGGGUAACAUGUGGGCCCAGCAGUGGUCCGAGAUUGCUGACAUUGUAUCCCCCUUCCCCGAAAAGCCGGUGGUUGAUGUGAGCGAAGAGAUGGAGAAGCAGGGUAUUACUGCUCUGAAAAUGUUCCAAAUGGGAGAUGACUUCUUCACCUCCAUGAACCUCACUAAGCUGCCACAGGAGUUCUGGGACAAGUCGAUUAUUGAGAAGCCCACUGAUGGUCGGGAUCUGGUUUGCCAUGCGAGUGCCUGGGACUUUUAUCUGACUGACGAUGUGCGCAUCAAGCAGUGCACUCGGGUUACCCAGGAUCAGCUCUUCACCGUCCACCAUGAACUGGGUCACAUUCAGUAUUUCCUUCAGUAUCAGCACCUGCCGUUCGUCUAUCGCGCUGGUGCCAAUCCCGGUUUCCAUGAGGCCGUCGGCGAUGUCCUUUCCCUCUCCGUUUCCACUCCCAAGCAUCUGCAGAAGAUCGGUCUGCUGAAGGAUUAUGUUCAGGAUGACGAGGCCCGCAUUAACCAGCUGUUCUUGACCGCUCUGGAUAAGAUUGUGUUCCUGCCUUUUGCCUUCACCAUGGACAAGUACCGCUGGGCUCUGUUCCGCGGUGAAGUGGAGAAGGCCAACUGGAACUGCGCCUUCUGGAAGCUGAGGGAGGAGUACUCCGGAAUCGAGCCACCAGUUGUGCGAAGCGAAAAGGACUUUGAUGCCCCGGCUAAAUAUCACAUUUCCGCGGAUGUGGAGUACCUGAGAUACCUGGUCUCCUUCAUCAUCCAGUUCCAGUUCUACAAGUCCGCUUGCAUUAAGGCUGGUCAGUAUGAUGCCAACAAUGCUGAGUUGCCUCUGGAUAAUUGUGAUAUCUAUGGCAGUGCUGCCGCUGGUGCUGCUUUCCACAAUAUGCUAUCCUUGGGCGCCUCGAAGCCCUGGCCCGAUGCACUGGAAGCCUUCAAUGGAGAACGCACCAUGACCGGAAAAGCCAUUGCCGAAUACUUUGAGCCACUGCGCGUUUGGUUAGAGGCCGAGAACAUCAAGAACAAUGUCCACAUUGGCUGGACUGCUUCAGAUAAAUGUGUGUCUUCUUGAAUGAAAAGAUCCAGGUGUUCUUACACAGUUCUUUGAUCAAUAAAGUUUCACAAUGCCUUACUGGUUUUAAAAUA